AUGUCACCGGAUCGCAGCAAAACCAGCCAGCCAACAACCUACCUCCACCUCGUUCAGAAAUGCGACAACAACCCCUACUACGAACUGCAUCUCCCGGCCGACUCUCGCCCGCACGGCUACCUCCUCCCCAGCACCGUCGCCGCAAUCCCCUGGCCGCCCGCCUUCCACGUAGACCACGAUUCGCGCCCCCGUAGAGUCACCGUUCUCGACUCCUCCGCCGGCACCGCCACGGCGCAAACCGUCAACGCCGCUUUCGCUGACGUCGUCACGAGGUGCAUCGAUGGCGACCUCUUCCACGUUCUGGAUGGGAAGCACAGCGAGCCCUUCGCUGUCCUGGGCGCCAACUACCCCGUCUACAUCGAGCGGUUCGCAUCCAGUCUGUUCGGCAUUACAGCGUGUGGGGCGUGUCUGGUGGCGUAUGUAAAGGACGGCGAUUCAGGCUUGAAAAUCUGGAUUGCCAAGCGCGCGGCUCAUCUCUACAGCUACCCUGGCUGUCUGGACAUUACCGUUGCGGGCGGGGUGAAGGCGGGCGUCAGUCCGCUGGAGACGGUAGUGCAGGAAGCGAUGGAGGAGGCGUCGCUGGAGGAAGGGGUGAUGAGAGCAGGCGUGCGGGCUUGCGGCGUGGUGACGUGCAUGGGAAUUACGGGCGACGACUGGGCGGGGGAGAAGGGGCUGGUGAUGCCGGAGCUGCUGUAUUUGUAUGAGAUGGAGGUGGGCGGGGAUGUGGUGCCACGGCCGCACGAUGAGGAGGUCGAGGGCUUUCGGUGUCUGCGGGUGGAGGAGGUGCGGGAGGCGUUGCUGAAGGGUGCGUUCAAGCCGGAUGCGGCUUGUGUGUUGGUUGCGUUUUUCAUUCGGCAUGGCAUCAUCACGGCGGAGAAUGAGCGGGACUAUGUGGCCAUUUUGGAGCAUUUGCAUCGCAAGCUGCCGUUUCCUGUCAAGCCCGAAAGCCACGCACGGUAG